AUGGAUGACAAGAAAUAUGGUCCCAGCUUCAGCAUGGACACACUCAAGGACCCAGAGAAGCUGAAGGCCUACAUGAUGAAGUACUCUCAAAGUGAGGCCUUCAAGAUCUGGGCGGGCUUUGCCGUCAUUGCCUUUAUCGUCUUCAUGCUGGUGUCCAGCGGGGACUUCUCCUUCUUGUUGACGCUCUCGUCAUUGCUCAGCACUUUCAGCUUCCUGAUGGUGGCUUUGAAGAUGGAGAUCGGACGAUCCUGCAAGGGAGUUUCCCUGAAGAUGAUGGAAUGCUACCUCGUGAUUUUCUUCUUCCGGCUUUGUGCAAUCAUCCCCUUUGAAGGCUACCUUCCCUUUGACAAGUCCGGGGAUUGGUUCUACCAGACAUGCGAAGCGCUUGGGUUCUGCCUAGCCGGAACGAUGGUGUACUUUUGCAGGGUGAAGUAUGCGGCCAGCUACAACCCAGAGACGGACACCUUCCAGCAUCUUUACCUGGGUGUGGGUGCCCUUGGGUUGGCCUUAGUCUUCCAUCCAAACUUGAACGGCUUCCUUCCCUCGGACAUUGGCUGGGCCUUCGCGCUCUACCUGGAGUCCGUGGCUGUUCUUUGUCAGCUCUUCAUGUUCAUGAAGGAGGGCCGGGCGCAGGAGCACACCUCCCACUUCCUGGCAGCGCAAGCCUUGGCGAAGGUCAUGUCCUUCAUCUUUUGGGCUUCCUCCUUCAGUGAGCUAUCAGACCCAAAUCAUCACAUCAAGGCUUUCGUGGGCAACUGGGUGGUAUGCGCGCAGCUGGUUCAGCUGCUGAUCAUGGGUGACUUCAUUUAUCACUACAUGCGAUGCAUCCAGCAGGGCAUCCCCGUCUCUCAGCUCUUGUCCUCAGAUGCCGUGUGA